ACACUGGUCAGGACCGAUGGCAGAGUCACAGCGAACGUCUGAGCCCGUCAACGUUGUGCAUCAGGAUGAAAUCUGGAAAUCACAUGUAAAAGUUGAGAAGGAUUCGGCUGAAGUCUGGCCCAACAAGUGGGGCUUCCUCACCGAGGUCUACAAGGAGUACCAGAAGGACAGUGUGAAGCUGAAGCAGGAGGUCAGAGUGGACCUCCCCCAUCACCUGGCAGUAUGCCCUCAGACCCCUGCAGACAAACAUAUCCACGUUGGAGCCUCACCUCCAGUUCCUCAGACAACUCAGGCCCUGAUUGGUUGGCGUUCAGCUCAUUCGCAUCUUCAGUUGGAAAAGUAUGCCCCAGUGCACCAUGGGAGGCGUAGUUUUCUGAAGGAGCUGGGCUGGCCUUUUGACUCUUGCAACUGACUUGA